AUGCAGCUCACCCAGCUCCUCCUCGCUACCGGCCUCUUCGCCUCCUCAGCCUUCGCUGCCCCUGCCGCUGAGGGCAAGUCUAUGAUGGCUGCCGGUCCCCAGUGGACCAUCCAGAACACCAAGCGUGUCUGCAACGCUGACGCCUGCACCUGGACCUUCGGCAUCAACCCCGGCUCCGGCAGCCCUACCCAGUGCACCUACGUCGUGAAGGGCAAGAACGCCGCCCAUGCCAACGGCGGUCCCUCCAACUGCGGUGCCUACACCGUCACCUCCGGCUGGAGCGGCCAGUUCGGCGAGGGCCAGGGCUUCACCACUCUCUCCGUUGUCAACAACAAGGCCCGCCAGAUCAUCUGGCCCGCCUACACCGACAAGCAGCUUGCCGGUGGCAAGGUUGUCAAGCCCGACCAGAGCUACGCUCCUGCUGCUCUCCCUUAA